GCUGCGUGUGGUUGCGUGUUGGAGCGCGGACGGUGUGUUUGCGGCGCGGUGGGAUUUUCACUUUGUCCUCUCCUCUCGCAUUUUUGUGUUCCGUAAACUACAUGAAAGACUGACUGUUUCCGAGAUCUCCGCCCUCAGCAGUUGGAUUUCACUUCUGUAACUCAGGCAAGACAUGUCCCAGGGACUCCAGUUGCAGCCUGACAGUCUGCAGUGAGAUGGGCUCAGAGGAACGCAGCUUAUCCAUGUCACAGAACAUCUCCUCGCUGUCACGCAGCAACAGCAGCUCUUCGUCCAAACAUGACAGCCGACAGGACAGCUGGGAAAUAGUAGAAGGUCUGCGUGGAGGCUUCAGUAACGUCAUGGAGCCACAUAAGCAGGAAGGCUACAUGCUAAAGAGAAGAAAGUGGCCAAUGAAGGGUUGGCAUAAGAGAUACUUCUCACUGGAAAAGGGCAUCCUGAAGUACAGCAAGUGCAGCUCUGACAUUGAGAAAGGGAAGCUGCACGGCUGCAUGGAUGUUGGUCUCUCUGUCAUGGCCAUUAAGAAGAAAGCCAAGUGCAUUGACCUCGAUGCUGAGGAAAACAUUUAUCACCUGAAGAUAAAGUCACAGGAGCUGUUUGAUGAGUGGGUGUCCAAGCUGCGCCACCAUCGGCUGUAUCGUCAAAAUGAGAUUGCCACGUACCCCAACGAGGACCGCUACUACCAUACCCACUAUCCCUCACCGACCUCCCCCAGCAUCUCUGAUGGUACUGCUAUUAAAAAGCAUAUGUCUAUGCGCAGGCAGUCCACAGCGCACGCUGCCACUUCUUUCCCCCUAAACUGCAACAGUCAGGCCAAGGUGACUGCCUGGCUCCAGACAUCAGAUGAUAUGGACAAAUGCUCCAAAGACUUGUCAACCUGUGAGACCUACCUCCUUGAACUCAGCCACCUUCUUCAGAGUAUGGAAGUUCUCCACCGUACCUACUCUGCUCCAUCUAUCCAAGCCCUGCAGGCUUCUACAUUUGACAGCCCGAAGAAGGAAAAAAGGCAACUAAGGAUGUGGCGCUCUAAGAACUACAACAAAGACGUCAAAACAACUCUGCAGGUUCCCACUUGCAUCUCCUCUGGCUCAAUCCGCCUCCAUGCCUCCAAUCCCAACCUCUCCACGGCCACCAUGGGCAGCGACAAAGUCGACACGGAAUCACUCGAAUCCACCUUUGACGUGGCCAAGCUGCAGGAGGAUUUCUGUCGCGUGGCCACCAGCUUGCACGACACCAUGAAGUCUGCUCUAACUUCAUUAACAUCUGAGAAAGAGAGGUUAAAACAGUGUCUGGAUGUCGAAAUGUGUCCACCCACAUCGCCGCAGGUGGUUGGUUUGAAGAACGCACUAACAUCGGCUUUAGCCCAGAAUUCUGAACUGAGGGAGCGUCUGUGCAAGAUUCAUGCUGAGUCCCUUAUUGCAGAGCCCACGCUGAUAAAUCUAAGUGCCCCUGUGCAGAAACAGGAAUCUGGCGAUGGAUCUCAUCCCCUUGUACACCAGGUGUCCAAUGAGAGCCGAACCUCAGUCUCAGAGUCGCUGUCUGAGUUCUUUGAUGCUCAGGAGGUUUUGUUGUCUGCUAGCUCCUCUGAAAAUGAAGCAUCAGAAGAUGACUCAUAUAUUAGUGACAUCAGUGACAACAUUUCCAUGGACAAUUUCAGCAAUGAGACAGAAAGCGAGAGACCAAACUCAGGCUGUGUGGAUGAAGUCACUGUCUUCAGUCAGCGUAGAUCACGCCUGCCUUCACCCAGCCCCAACAACAGCACCAUCAGCCUGUGGAACAUCCUGAGGAACAACAUCGGCAAAGACCUCUCCAAAGUAGCCAUGCCUGUGCAGCUUAACGAGCCAGUUAACACGCUUCAGAGACUAUGUGAGGAGCUGGAAUACAGCGAACUGCUUGACAGGGCUGCAAAUACACAUGACCCCUUUGAACGUAUGGUCUACAUGGCUACAUUCGUUGUAACGGGCUAUGCCUCCAGCUACUACAGAACCGGGGGGAAACCUUUCAACCCCGUCCUGGGAGAGACCUACGAGUGUGAUCGGCCUGAUAAAGGCUUUCGUUUUGUGGCAGAACAGGUCAGCCAUCACCCACCAGUUUCAGCUUGCCAUGCAGAGUCUAAAAACUUCAUCUUCUGGCAAGAUGUGAGAUGUAAGAACAAGUUUUGGGGGAAGUCAAUGGAGCUCGUUCCAGUUGGAACCACACAUGUAACUCUGCCUGGGUUUGGAGAUCAUUACGAGUGGAACAAGGUAACGUCAUGCAUCCACAACAUCCUGAGUGGACAGCGCUGCAUCGAGCAUUACGGGGAAAUUACCAUCAAAAACUCCAACAGUGAUGUUUGCCAGUGCAAGAUCACUUUUGUGAAGGCUAAAUACUGGAAUUCAAGUAUGAAUGAAGUGGAGGGAACCAUCACAGAUCAGAAAGGGAAGGCUGUCCACAGACUCUUUGGGAAGUGGCAUGAAGCAGUUUUCUGUGGAGACCCACCUUCAGCCACCUGUAUUUGGAGAGCAAGUGCAAUGCCGGUGGAUCAUGAACAGUACUAUGGUUUUACCAAGUUUGCUAUUGAGCUGAACGAACUGGAUCCAUCCCUGAAACUCCUGCUACCCCCCACAGACACUAGACUACGUGUGGACCAAAGAUUGCUGGAGGAGGGGAACCUGGAGGCUGCUGAGCUGCAGAAACAGAGGAUAGAACAGUUGCAGAGAGAGAGGAGGCGUGUCCUAGAAGAGAACAACGUCACACACCAUCCAAAAUUCUUCAGAAAGUCAAAGAACGACAGCUGGGUCAGUAACAACACAUACUGGGAGCUGAGGAAAGACCCCGGCUUCACUCACAUAGACUUUCCUGUACUGUGGUGACGUCUGAGCUGUGACUCAUCCAGGCUGGUUCUGGAGACAAUGACGCCGAUGAUGAUGAUGAUGAUGCCUUUUUCCAGACUUUUACCAUUCACAUUCAGUACCGUUCUUACCUAUUGCAAUUCAUCAAAGCUAUGCCUUAAUUGCGAGCGCUUAUCUCGGUUUUGAAAGCAUGUUUAUGCAAGUGUAUUUUGUGUUUACCUGUUACUGUACACCGUACUAUUAAAAAAGUGACUGUCUGUGUAAUAGAAAAGGAAA